GUUUUGUUGGCAAUAAGAAAUACUACACCCUGGUCCCCAAAAAAGAAAAGCUGUCAUUUGUUCAAACCUCAAGGAGAGAACCAGCUUUUACUUGACCUGAUCGUCCCCGGGUCUCAGUUCUGAGGAUGCCAACAACCAACGUACUUUCAAACUGUGCAGAAAGAACUGAAAAUGGAAUUCGAAAUCCUUUGUCUGCAAAAAUUGGUGGCAUCUCUUGCAGACUCCCUAAAAGUAACGAUGUCCAAGAAUUUUGGGAGAAUUUAAUGAAGAGUGUGGACAUGUUUGGUCCGACUCGCUGGCCGCCAGGAAUGUUUCGAAUUCCUCCGAGAAUUGGACUUUUACCAAAUCCCAAUCAAUUUGACGCUUAUGCCUUCAAUAGUUUGGAAGAGGCUCCAUAUAUGCCAGGGGCCCUUUAUUCUUUGUUGGAAGUAAUCCAUGAAUGUAUUGUUGAUUCUGGAGUUCCUUACAAGACUCUAAGACAGAAGAAAACAGGAACUUAUUUAGCCAUGACCUUCAACGAUGAAGAUGCUGUAACCACUUCAACUUCCAGUGAAAGUAAUUAUUUGAAUACAAAAUCUGAAUUUCUCGGUCGAAUUGUCUCUUCGUUUGGGUUCCAAGGUCCUGCAGCAUCUGUUGACACAGCCUGUAGCUCAAGUAUUAGUGCUCUCCAAAUGGCCAUUCUAGACCUAACUGUCGGUCGAUCAGAUUAUGCUAUUGUGGCAGGAGCCAAUUUGAUCUUAAAUCCACAACAUUCCAUCCAGCUUCUGAAAUUGGGUAUUUUAUCGCCCAAUGGUGCAAGUCGUCCGUUUGAUUGUGAAGCCAAUGGUUACGUGAGAUCAGAGGGCGUCGUAGCAGUUUUGUUAGCUUCCAGGUCGCCCCUUAAAAGAGAAUAUGCAGAGAUUUGUGAUGUUUUAUGUUUGUUUUCUGGUUACAAAGAAGAUGUUCAUUAUGCGAGUGAAGAAUCGCAAAUUAAGUUGCUGCGUGAACUGUACAAUGGAGAGAGCGUUGUGUACGUGGAAGCAGAUGGUACGGGAAUCAAGGUCAAUGAUGCAAUGGAAAUCUAUUCGCUGGCUGAGGUAUUCUGCAAAAACCGAACAUCGCCUUUACUUGUUGGUUCUUGUAAAAGUAAUCUUGGACACACAGAAGCUUGCUCGGGUUUGGUAAGUUUGCUGAAGUGUGUGAUGUGCAUACAACAUGGUAUAAUUCCUCCGAAUGUCUGCUACAACCAACCAAUUCCAGAAAUUGCUGAACUAACGAAGCAUCAGUUAAAGAUUGUAACGGAACCGACCAAAUUGCCAAAUCUGCAGAAAUAUUUGCCUUACGUUGAGAAACUUAAUUCAAUUCAGUUGAAACUGACCUUUGCCUAG